UUUUUAGGAUGAUUCAUCUAUGGAUGAAUAUGGUGUAGCUGCUGCUAUUUUACCAUUGGCUAUGGCAUUUUGCAGAAAGUUAUGCACUGGUGUGAUACAGUUUGCUUAUACAUGUAUUCAAGAACAUCCUGUAUGGCAAAAUCAGCAGUUUUGGGAAGCUGCAUUUUAUCAAGAUGUUCAAAGAGAUAUACGUGCUCUAUAUGCUCCACAUCGUGUGCCAGUUGGGGACAGAGAAUCAUCUUUAUCACCUGUCAGUCCUCGAGAGGUACUUG